CUGAGGGCAGUGGGAAUCUUCUUCCACUAUGGAAUGUUGAGCCGGAGCUUUACCAUUGGUUGGCCCAGGAGGUAGCAGAAUGUCUGCAUUGUUACACCAUAGAGUUCAAACUUCAACAGACACGAAGUUAAGGAGUAUCAUUUACUUCGCAAAUGAGUAUGCCUUCGCCUGUCAUCUGUGAUCAUCACAAACUAAUGAAAUAUCUUUUAGAUUUUACAUGUUCAGAUUAUACUGUUUUGGACAUGCUGUGGCAGCUGAUACAGGACCCUUGAAAAUGGAACCAACCUCCCUGAGGACUAAAGUCCCAGCUUUCUUAUCUGAUCUGGGGAAAGCCACACUAAGGGGAAUCAGAAAGUGUCCCCGAUGUGGCACAUACAAUGGGACCCGGGGACUCAGCUGUAAGAAUAAAACAUGUGGAACCAUAUUCCGUUAUGGUGCACGGAAGCAACCUAGUAUUGAAGCUGUCAAAAUCAUCACAGGUUCUGAUCUGCAGGUUUACUCAGUACGGCAAAGAGAUCGGGGCCCUGAUUACAGAUGCUUUGUGGAAUUAGGUGUUUCAGAGACAACAAUCCAGACUGUGGAUGGCACCAUCAUCACUCAGCUAAGUUCUGGACGGUGUUAUGUCCCCUCAUGUCUGAAAGCGGCCACCCAGGGUGUUGUGGAAAACCAGUGCCAGCACAUCAAGCUGGCAGUGAACUGCCAAGCAGAGGCCACCCCUCUGACCUUAAAGAGCUCGGUCCUGAAUGCAAUGCAGGCCUCCCCAGAAACCAAGCAAACCAUCUGGCAGUUGGCCACGGAACCCACAGGUCCUUUGGUACAGAGAAUCACUAAAAACAUUUUGGUGGUGAAAUGCAAGACAAGCCAGAAGCAUAGUUUGGGAUAUUUGCAUACAUCCUUUGUGCAGAAAAUCAGCGCCAAGAGCUUGUCUGAGCGCCGCUUCUUCUGCUCCUGCCAGACUCUGAAAUCACAUAAGUCGAAUGCCUCCAACAAUGAGGCCGCCCAGAGAUGCAUUCAUUUCUUUGCUUGCAUCUGUGCCUUCGCCAGUGAUGAGACAUUGGCUCAGGAAUUCUCAGACUUCCUAAAUUUUGAUUCUAGCGGUCUUAAAGAGAUUGUUGUGCCUCAGUUAGACUGCCAUUCAGAAUCAACAGUGUCGACUUGUGAGUCUUCUGCCUCUAAAUCAAAGAAGAGAAAAAAAGAUGAAGUAUCUGGUGCAGAGACGAAGAGUUCACUGUUGCCUCAAGAUGCAUUGAGCAGUAGUAAUCUAAGGAAAAGUGGCCAGAAAAAGCCUGUGGUUGCUUCUUCAUUAAAAAGGCAGGCCUGUGGUCAGCUGUUAGAUGAGGUUCAAGUGACCUUAUCCUUCCAGGACUGGCUGGCCAGUGUCACAGAGCGCAUCCAUCAAACCAUGCACUAUCAAUUUGAUGGUAAACCAGAACCCCUUGUGUUCCACAUUCCUCAGUCUUUUUUUGAUGCUUUGCAACAGAGGAUUUCUAUAGGAAGUGCAAAGAAACGGCUCCCCAACUCCACCACAGCUUUCGUUCGGAAAGAUGCCUUACCACUGGGAUCCUUUUCAAAAUAUACUUGGCAUAUCACUAAUAUCCUACAAGUUAAACAAAUCUUAGAUACCCCAGAGAUGCCCUUGGAAAUUACCAGGAGUUUUAUCCAGAACCGUGAUGGCACUUAUGAGCUAUUUAAAUGCCCCAAAGUGGAAGUUGAAAGUAUAGCAGAAACUUAUGGUCGUAUAGAAAAGCAGCCAAUACUUCGACCCUUGGAACUCAAAACCUUCCUCAAAGUUGGAAACACGUCCCCAGAUCAAAAAGAACCAACACCUUUCAUUAUUGAGUGGAUUCCAGAUAUCCUUCCCCAAUCCAAAAUUGGUGAAUUGCGGAUCAAGUUUGAAUAUGGUCACCACCGGAAUGGGCAUGUGGCAGAGUACCAAGAACAGAGGCCUCCCCUGGAACAGCCUUUGGAACUUGCCCCUCUGACCACCAUCACUUUCCCUUGAUGUAAAACCAACUAUUCUUUUGCUGCUAAAUUUGCACAUCCCUACCCUUUGACUUUAAAUUAGGCACUUAAUUAGUCCUGUUCAUUAAUGAACUGCUCUUAGCUAACAUGAAAUUUUUCAUAUAGUCAUGUGGAUUCUGUUGGAGAAACACUCUUAUAAAUAGUCUUUUUGGUGCUGCAGUGUAUAGUCUUCAUUAUAAAUUGGGUGGUAUUUUUGGCUAGAAUUUUAAAAGGAACAAAAAGAAAACUAGCUGGCUUUCCUUCUUAAAAGACUCAUCUUUAGAGUUUGUUUAUAUCUUUUUCUAACUUUCUAAGAGGUUAGCAGCAUUUCACCCCAGACCAAUAGUGAUGGAAAGUUAACAAUCUUCUUGCUAGGGCAGAAUGUUAAAGAUCAUUGGGCAGAGUUACAGUUUUGCGCUUUGCUUCUAUUCUGAAAUAAAGUACAAUGUCUCUAUUUUUUUCUAAA